CAGCGUUUCUUCACUUCAGGACCAUGGACAGCAGGAGGAUGUCACGCGUCUCACACAAUAACCUCUAGGACACGGUUUAGGAGAUUUUUUUGCCCUCCAUCCAGGUUGAUAUUCGUACCACCGUGCAAAAAUUAUUAGCCCACCUCUUCCUCCUCCUUUUUUUUGCCACCACGUUCAGCUUCGACCCCGGGACCCCGUGCGCGUUAUGGAGCGGCGGCGUCGGGCGUCCUUCGCGCUCGCGCUCAACUUGGCGGCGCUACUGCUGGCCGCGUGCGCGCUUGGCACCAGCCACUGGUGCGCCGGAAGCCGGAAAGUGCUGAAGCCGUUCUGCACCGGCCCGCCGCCGAAACCGCCGCCGAAACCGCCGCUCGCGCACCGCGACACGCACUGCAUCCGCUACAACGGCUCGAACGCCAACCACAGCCGCCAGGUGCAGUACAUCUGGGAGACCGGAGAGGACAAGUUCGUCCUCAGGAAGUUCCACAGCGGCAUCUGGCUGUCCUGCGAGCAGAACAUCGACCUGAGCGGUGAAAACUGCAGAAGCUUCAUAAAUAUUCCUCCUCCAAAUGAGAGAGGAGUCUUGUGGCUGUGCAUUGUUGCAGAAUGUCUGUACAUCCUCCUCCUGUCCACUGGUGGAAUCCUCAUGUCGAUCGAGGUCUGCCAGUUAGGAAACGUCAUCGACGGACUGAAACUCAAUGCCUUCGCUGCCAUAUUCACCGUCUUGUCAGGUCUUCUUGGCAUGGUAGCGCACAUGAUGUACACAACAGCCUUUCAGCUCACUGUAAGUCUGGGCCCUGAAGACUGGAAACCCCAAAGCUGGGAUUACAGCUGGUCUUACAUGUUGGCCUGGGGAUCUUUCACAGCAUGCAUGGCGUCCUCGGUGACCACCAUCAACCAAUACACAAAGACCAUCCUGGAGUUCAAGCACAAGCGGAGAAAUAUGGAGAAGAACCUGAAGAUCAAGCAGCAGCUCCUCGAGCUGGAUUGCCCUGAGCAGAUGUGGGACAUGUAUAUCAGCUCAGUACCCAGCACAGCCGAGGAGCUGUUGGAGCUGUCCAGUCCGAGCCGUAAGAUUUCCAACCAUGACAUGAGCGAUCAGCAGGGAGAGGAGUACUGCUGAGGCUAGCCUGGGGCCUCGUCUUCUAAACUGUGCUGAAUGCUAAGUGCUCUUGCAAAUGUGUCAUGUUGGUUGGCAAUACAUUUGCAAAUGGCACUGAGGAUCACAGUAUUGGUUUGCUGUCCUGCUGGCGGGACAACAUUCAUAUCAUUUUUACAUUUACAUCUAUGGCAGACGCCCUUAUCCAGAGCGACGUACAGUUAUCUCGGUUAUACAGCUGAGCAAUUAGGAUUCAUGCUUGAACCCAUGACCUACUGAUCUAAAGUCGUAUUCACUGAGCUACCACUUCCCUCUUUAGAGCGGUACUGCUUUGAAAAAUCUUUCGGCUCGUUUUCUUGUAACUUGUGAUAUAUUGUGAGGUAUUUGUAGGUAUUUUUCUUUUUAUCGAGCUGCUACAAAAUCUGAUAGUCGACCACACUGUAAAUAGAUCUUUUUUUUCUUAGCAUCUCAUUAGAAAGCAUGACUCUCGGUACGUCACAGUAAAUCUCACUGACAGGAGGAUGAUACAAUACAAUUUGUCUGCAAGGUUUAAUGCCUUAACAUUGGGCACAAAAAGCUUAUUCGCCAGUGUCACCAUUUCUUAGCUUUCAUUCUCUCCAGUACAAAUUAUAAUCGAGGCCAAGAGUCACAGACACUCCUCAGUAAUAUAUAAAGCAUCUCCUCCAGCUAAGGAAUCUUUUGCCUACUGGUGAUUUAGUACGCUAGUGCUGUUUAUAAAUGAGGCUCCAGGACAGGCCUUGAGUUUUCAAAAGCAAACCUCCCUGGUGUAUUGUAUUACCCACUGCUGCUUGGCACUGCCACGUGCCCUUAAUGGACUAAAUCUAGCCUCAGAUUACAGUGAGGUCUUCGAGCCAGGAAUGGACUUUUAUCUGGCUAUGCUACAGAGUUUCAUCAAUGACUGUAUAAAUGGUUUUUAUGUCCAGUGUUGUAUCGUGGUUAUUAAUUUUUAUAUAUUUAUGUAUCGAUGUUGUAUACCGAUAAGUGAUAAAUUCAAGGAAAUAAAUAAAGUCAAAGUGAUUUAGUAACGUGUUAAGCCUCGGAAAACUUGAUUCUGAUUCUACAUAUUUUCUGGAACAGUUCUCAAGAGAUGAAAAGCCUCAACUGCGGUUUUUGAUAACGGUGGUAGAGACUGAUUGGAUUUUUUUUAGGACAUAUC